AUGUCUCUUUCCAAGACCGAAGCCGAAGCCGGGGUGACCUUCUCAAAUGACCAUGACGGGGGUGGCAAUAGCACCACGCCCUUACCCUCCCAGCCAGGUUCAGGCCAAAACGUCUUCAGCAGACUAUACCACGAGCCGUGGUGUCAGGUCGGCCUGAUUUCGCUGAUUUCCUUCUGCAAUCCUGGCAUGUACAAUGCCUUGACCGGCAUGGGAGGCUCGGGCCAGGUCGACAGCACGGUUGCGGCCAAUUCCAACGUGGCCACGCACGCAGCCACCGCCGGGGCGGCGCUGGUGCUUGUUGGUGCGUUCUACAAGUAUCUCGGGCCUCGCCUGUCGCUUCUCCUGGGCGGCUGGACGUAUGCCCUGUACGCGGGGGCUUUGCUGCACUACAACCGAACGGCCAACGGGUCGUUUGUGAUCGCGGCUGGAGCCCUGCUCGGGAUCGGGGCGGCCUUCUUCUGGGUUGCGCAGGGCACCAUCAUGGUGACCUACACCGACGACAACAGUCGCGGCCGGGCCAUAGGACUGUUCUGGGUCAUCUUCAACCUCGGCGGCGCGAUCGGCUCGCUGGCCAGUUUCGGGCUCAACUUCCACUCCAAGUCCGGCACGGUGACAGACUCGACGUACAUUGCCUACAUGGUGGUCAUGCUGUUCGGCUGGGCUCUUUCGCUCUUGGUGUCGUCGACGGAGACGCUGUCGACGAAAUACCACGGCAGCCGCAUCCCCACCGCGUCCAAGACGCUCAACUGGGCCAACGUGCGCAGCAGUGUCGGGCAAGCCAUCAAGAUCAUCUUCGACUGGAAGAUCAUGUGCCUGUAUCCGAUGUUCUACAACGCCAACGUCUUCUACUCGUACCAGCAGAACAACGUGAACGGCAUGACCUUCAACCUGCGCACGCGAUCGCUCAACGGCGCCCUGUACUGGAUCGCCCAAAUGGUCGGCGGCCUGCUGAUGGGCGUCGUGCUCGAUCUGCAUCUGCGCCAGCGCCAGCUCAACCGCCGCACCCGCGCCCAAAUCGGCUGGGCCAUUCUCUUCGUCACCGGCAUGGCCAUCUGGGGCGGCGGCUACCGCUUCCAGGUGUGGGACGACCGACGCCUCAAGCAGGGGCUGAAGCAGGACAUCGACUACCGCGCCGGCAGCCAGUACCUGGGCCCCAUGUUCCUGUACUUUUUCUACGGCGUCUACGACUCCUUCUGGCAGGCCUACUGCUACUGGAUCAUCGGCGCCCAGUCCCACAACCCCGUCGUCAACGCCGUCAUCGUCGGCGCCUACUCGGCCCUCAAGCCCGCCGGCGGUGCCAUGGCCUGGAGAAUCAACGCCGAAAAAGUCAGCCCUAUGACCCAGUUCGCCAUGAACUGGGGCCUGUCUAUGGGCAGUCUGCUGCUGGCCGUUCCCACCGUCUGGACCCUCCACAAGGUAUCCUACGCGUCGGACCACGACUCGGACUCGCCACCGUUCGGCCAGGGAGAGAGUCCAGAGUCUCUCGAUUGUAGUAAAGUGUGA